CGCGGGGAUUGGACGAGGGGCGGGGCUGCGGAGGGAUUGCUGCGGCCGGCAGCUGUGAUAACCUUGAGGCCCAAGAGGCGCAGUCCCGCACAGCAGAGACUCCUCUCGACCCUUCAGUCGGCCGACUUGGGUAUCGUUGCAGGAUCCGGAGCACCCCCGAGGACCUCAGGAACCAUGCCGAAGCCACACAGCGAAGCAGGGACUGCCUUCAUUCAAACCCAGCAGCUGCAUGCGGCCAUGGCUGACACCUUCUUGGAACAUAUGUGCCGCCUGGACAUUGACUCCGCACCCAUCACGGCCCGCAACACUGGCAUCAUUUGUACCAUUGGUCCUGCUUCCCGGUCCGUGGAGAUGCUGAAGGAGAUGAUCAAGUCGGGAAUGAAUGUGGCUCGUCUCAAUUUCUCUCAUGGAACUCAUGAGUACCAUGCGGAAACUAUCAAGAACGUGCGUGCAGCCACAGAAAGCUUCGCCUCCGAUCCCAUUCUUUACCGGCCUGUAGCUGUGGCUCUGGACACAAAGGGGCCUGAGAUCCGGACUGGACUCAUCAAAGGGAGCGGCACUGCAGAAGUGGAGCUGAAGAAGGGAGCUACCCUGAAGAUCACCCUGGACAAUGCCUACAUGGAGAAGUGUGACGAGAACACCCUGUGGCUGGACUAUAAGAACAUCUGUAAGGUGGUGGAAGUGGGCAGCAAGAUCUACGUAGAUGAUGGGCUCAUUUCACUGCAGGUGAAGGAGAAAGGCGCUGACUUCCUGAUAACAGAAGUGGAGAAUGGUGGUUCCUUGGGCAGCAAGAAGGGGGUGAACCUCCCCGGAGCUGCUGUGGACCUCCCUGCUGUGUCAGAAAAGGACAUCCAGGACCUGAAGUUUGGGGUGGAGCAGGAUGUAGACAUGGUGUUUGCGUCUUUCAUCCGCAAGGCAGCUGAUGUGCACGAGGUUAGGAAGGUCCUGGGAGAGAAGGGCAAGAACAUCAAGAUCAUUAGCAAAAUCGAGAACCACGAAGGCGUCCGCAGGUUUGAUGAGAUUUUGGAGGCCAGUGAUGGGAUCAUGGUGGCUCGUGGCGACUUGGGCAUUGAGAUUCCUGCAGAGAAGGUCUUCCUGGCUCAGAAGAUGAUGAUUGGACGAUGCAACCGAGCUGGGAAGCCAGUCAUCUGCGCCACACAGAUGCUGGAGAGCAUGAUCAAGAAGCCCCGCCCCACCCGUGCUGAGGGCAGUGAUGUGGCCAAUGCGGUCCUAGAUGGAGCAGACUGCAUCAUGCUGUCAGGAGAGACCGCCAAAGGGGACUACCCUCUGGAGGCCGUUCGCAUGCAGCACCUGAUAGCUCGGGAGGCUGAGGCAGCCAUGUUCCACCGUCUGCUGUUUGAAGAACUUGUGCGGGCCUCCAGUCACUCCACAGACCUCAUGGAGGCCAUGGCCAUGGGCAGCGUGGAGGCUUCUUAUAAGUGUUUAGCGGCAGCUUUGAUAGUUCUGACGGAGUCUGGCAGGAGUGCUCACCAGGUGGCCAGGUACCGCCCGCGUGCGCCCAUCAUUGCUGUGACGCGCAAUCCCCAGACAGCUCGCCAGGCCCAUUUGUACCGUGGCAUCUUCCCUGUGCUGUGUAAGGACGCAGUGCAGGACGCCUGGGCUGAGGAUGUAGACCUCCGUGUGAAUUUGGCCAUGAAUGUUGGCAAGGCCCGAGGCUUCUUCAAGAAGGGAGAUGUGGUCAUUGUGCUGACUGGGUGGCGCCCUGGCUCUGGCUUCACCAACACCAUGCGUGUAGUGCCUGUGCCUUGAUGGCCCUCUGGAGCCCCUCUUCUAGCCCCUGUCCCAUCCCCUCCCCAUCCAAUCCAUUAGGCCAGCAAUGCUUGUAGUGCUCACUCUGGGCCAGAGUGUGGCGCUGGUGGGCUGGGACACCCGGGAAAAUUACUGUCGCUGAAACAUGGAAUAGAGCCCAGCUGUCUGUCUAUCAUAUGGCCCUACCCAAGCCAGGGGUGACAGAGGAAUGCAGAAUUGGAAACCCUCUGGCUUUAUCACAAAGGGGCAGCAACAUCUCUUGUGUACUUUGCUCCUGUAGAAAGUUGUCCAGAGAACUCCCAGCCCUGGCCUGGAGUCAGGAGACAGCAAGAGUGUAGGGGCUUAGGGCAUGGGGCCCAGGUUCCAGUGUAGAUAAUAACCUCUGGCCCCCAGGCCGGACUUGCUUCCCCAACAGCUUUGGCCUCCCCCACUGCUCGUUGCACACUUCUCAGCUGUCACUGCAGUCACACCCUGCACUCUCCACCUCCAUUCUAUUGUGCAGCAUCUCCAGGCCCGUUGCUAUAGUGCCCACCUGAGUGUCAAUAAACAGCAGCUGAAGCA